UUUUCAACCAACCUUUUUCCUUUCUAUUUUCCAGAAACGAGCCACUGUACAAAGCAACCACAACGACCACCCAGAAGCCAGCUCCCACAACGUCAACGAUAGCUCCACCAACCACAGCAAGGCCAAAGCCCCUUAGGCCCACGGUUCGGCGUCGAAGACCACAGGUCGAUUACUACUACGAUGACGAGGAGUACGACGAUGAGUACUACGAGGAGCGGCCACGACGCAGGAAGAAUCGACCCCGCAAUCGACGACCCGUUUACGAGGAAGACUAUGAGUAUGAAGACCGAAGGGAUCGGUAUCGGGAGCGGGAUCGAGAACGAGAGCGUGAUCGGGAUCGCGACGUUGAUGAGGAUGACUACGAAGAUCGAAGACCGUAUCGAUCGAAGAACCGAAAUCGUAAUAAUGACAGGAGGAAUGGAGACGAGGAUCGUCGAUACAGUGGGUAUGAUGAUCGUCGACGCGAUAGGAGGCCGGUGGUUGAUGAGGACAGGAGAAGACCGGUUGAUGAUGAUCGAAGAAUGCCCUACGAAGAUGAGAAACGUUCGGUGCAGAACGAUCGACGUCGGAGACCAAUGAAUGAUGAAAGGAGGGCACCGGAGAGAGAACGUCGACCGAUGAACGAUGAUCGUAGGUCUUUUUCCGGUUCUGAGGAUCGCAAGAGGCCAGUAGAAGAUAGGCGACGGCCAUUAAAUGAUGAUCGAAGGUUUGAUUACGACGAUGAAGAGGAUGACUACGCUCCCAGAAGACCAGAGAAAAAAUCAAGGCCCGAUCCUAAUGUUGUAACUGUGAAACCGUCGGGAUCCACUAUCUACGAUAGACCUCGAACAGCUCCAAGAAUCAACCGACCGGUUCCAUUGAACGAGAAGGACAAGUAUUCGUACAUUAACCCAGAUCCAACGAAAAAGAAACCUUCUACCACAACUCCGGUUCCGUUAAUCGAACCAGAACCAGAAUACUACGAUGAGUAUGAAGAUGAACCGAAAAAACCUGCUCCAGUCGUUGUGGAUAAGCGUAAGGCUCCGGACAAUAAGGAACGUACGAGUUAUCCCGAUGACAAACGACAGAGCGCUUCUUCGGACGUCGUCUAUUACGACGAUAUCAUUGUUCCAAAAGAUUCGCUGCCUCAAAAACAGGUUCCGGGAAACGUGAAAAAGCCUGAAGGAGUACAACGUGUCAACAGUCGUGACAAUUCAGAGCUUACAAAUCGCUACAAUGAAAAAAUACGUACUCCACAAAAGGCUGCAAAACCCGUAUACGAUGAACCACCAGCGAGAUCGAAACCCGAGUACGUGAACGAACAGCCGGAAGAGAGACCGAAGUCGAGAACUACUCCAAAACCAACCACCAACAUCUACAGUACAUUCAAGGCUAAGAAGCCACAGCAAACUCCAGCUCCGGUCGAAAGCAAAAAACCAGCAGGGAGUCAGAACAACAAUCGUGAUUAUGACUCAGUAGACAAACCUGUUGAAGCACCUAAUCACCGUGUAACCAAGCGACCAUUUUUGCCAAGUCGUGGUGGUAACCCUUUUGCAGCUCGUGGCCUCCAACCAGUUGGUGUAGCCAAGUCAACUCUGAACUCACCGCCACAGAAACAGCAAUCACAGAGACCCCAACAGUCGGAAUCGGAACGACCAGCCCCGUUCCGCAUUGACGUCGACAACUCCCCGCCAAGCUCUUUCCAGCAGGAUUCCCGCACCAGCACAACUCGGCCAACGGACAAUCGUGUCAAAACACUGGAUCAGCUGUACGAUGAAGAGUUCGACGUUACCUUAAACGAUGCCUUGAACCCCACUCUUAAACCGCUGACCCGAAGUGCACCACAACCUAGCUAUUUCCGCAACCGAUUCGUACCCCAGGGCUCCUCGAUAGACAGCGAAUUCGUACCCUUCGAACCCAACUACGCCCCGUCCGAGUUCCGGAGGGCAGCCGUACGACCUCCGGCAGCUCUGGUUCCCUAUCAGCAGCACCAACCGGCGGUCUACGUCAGCCAAGUUCGGGGACACCAUCCAUCCAGGCAACGGUACGAAUAUGAGUACGAGUAUUGAUGAGCGCUGUCAAGAACAGAAUUCGGUUUGAGGGAAAAUGAGCUACUCAAGGAUAACGCCAUCCAGAGGGGAAUCUUUUAAUUUAUUCAAACUACAAAAUCCAUGUACUUUUUUAAGGAGAGGAUCAAACGGAAGAAAUUAUUUAUUGAAACCGCAUGUAUUGAAUCAGUGAAAGCGAAAAUGAAUUGGGUUCCCUAGGAUCCCAGUUAAGUAAAAAUCCGUUGAGAGAAUUCCAAAAUUGAGCUAGCCUCAGCAAAACGUGAUCCUAUACGAGAAGGCUUCUAAGAGAAAGGAAGCUUGCAAUUUGAACAAAAAAAUAAACUUAAAAUCUGUACAUAUGUCUCCGCUGUAAUUCUUAAAGAUAAAUACUCAAUCAAAGGUGAUAUUGACGAAGCAUGCAACUGCAGUUUAGCUAGGUUGUAGGACCAAACAAAGGAAUGAACUAACCUUUUGCGAACUUGAACAAAUAAAACAAUACAAAUAAACUUAUUAAACAAUAUCUGAGACACGACAAAAAUAAAAGUAAACAGUGACUUAUAACUAAAUGCAAUAUAUUAAAUAUUUAGAAAACUGACAUUUUUUUCUAUAGGGUUAAGCAAACUGAACAGAACACACACACACACCUGCACAAAUGUGCGAAAAACGUGUAAUACUUAUUUGUACAUUGAGAUCGAUUAAUUUGUAAAAACAAAAAAACAGAACACAAGAAAGUGCCUGAAUCUACUAGAAGCGUAUCAACGAGCGCUGGUGGUAGCAGAAAACGGAACCACGCACUAAGCAGAAAGUGAUGUGUAUGUGGAGGGAGGAGGAGAGAUAAAUUUAUGAGAAAAUAAAA